AUGGAUCCUGCUUCAGCGGCGGUUGCGUUCAUCGGAUUCGCCGCCAGCCUUGCGACGCUUGCUGGCCUUGUGGUCGAGUCCAUCCAGACCCUCACCGAGCUUCGCGGCAGACUCGGUCGUGCUCCUGAAGAGCUCAAGAGGCUGCUGUCCGUCCUCCGGCAGCACGAGUUGAUCCUCGUUGACGUGAGAGAGCGCGCCAACAAUUUUGCGGCUGAGGAAUUUUCCAAUGAACUGCGACAGUUUUGGCAGGAAAACAAUGCACAGAUGACAGCAGACUAUGCACAGUUGACAGAACAGGUGAAAAAGAUAGAAAUGUUCUUUCAGGGAACAUCCAUGACAAAAAAAUACAUACGAGCUCGAGUCCAGAACGCCUUCCGUUCCCCAGAGGUUCAGGAAUUGGAAACACGUCUACGAGGCAGUUUGAGCAAAUUCGAUACGGUGCUCUCGAUGAUCAUUGAAAGCCGACUUCGAAAACAGAGCGAUGUGCUUGAUACCAUCUCUCACCGUGUGAUCUCCAAUUAUGCGACUCAUCAGCAGGAACUCCAUAGUAUUCACUUGUCCACGUCCAGGACGGAAACUUAUCUCUCACAACAAGCUGUCCAGCUUAGUGGAAUACAACACCGGCUACAUUUUAUCUCUCCUCGGUUGAAGAAGGUCCCUGCUGGUAGCAAUUACCUAUUUCGAGAAUGCAACUUCGAAGCUCCUAGCCUCAAUCAAGGUUGUCAUCAAGCUCAAAGGCAAUGGUCCCAAGUCCCGAGAUCCGCUAGGCUUCUGUUGGCCGGGACAGGACGCAUGUGCCUCACCCGUCGCUACUGGUUUGGAUGUCUGGGAGUUAGCGUGACUUGCGAUACAGUCCGACAAGAUCGACACACGUCAGAAACGUUCCAGGACCGCACACACGUCGAAUUCACUUAUAUUCCUCCGGUUUGGCUUUCGGAUAUGUGUAUUUUCGUCUCAUUGACGCCUUCAGCACCUCUCCAGAUGCAGAGAUUUUGCGUCAAUCAAGACCCGAGACUUGUCAAUUGCUUAGGCUCCCGUGACGUUCAGGGUCUACACCAGAUGUUCGCUCAGGGACUAGCCCAUCCCCUCGACCUUAUAUCGCCUGAUCAUUAUCCAAAGCUGUACAGUUUCUGCUCGCCAGAUAGUUCGCAGCUGGAAGUAAAAUCGUUCUUAGAGAUUUUUCUCUGUGAAAGCGUCUUCGACGUGGAGGGAGGAUAUCAUACACAAUGCUCGUGGCCUAGGCUGUGCCGUUUGAUGCUUGAUAACAUGGGUUCAUGCAGGACGUAUAGUGACCAGGCUAUGCAAAUGCUUGCAUUCCUUAUGGAGAACCAGGCGUAUGAGAAAAGAGAAGUCAUCGACAUGAUCAUCGACCGAGGGGUCGAUCUUGCAUACGUGUUGAAUUGUUCGCCGUGCAAUGGACAUACUAUCCUCCUGAUUCUCUACGCCGCUGGGCCCAGAGCCUUUGCCCAUGACUUUGUGCAUCGACAUCUUGGUCUAUUGGAGUAUUAUGAGAUGACUCCGGAAAAUUCCUGGCUUCUUCGAACGAUCGCCCGAGCAGAGCCAGGGUUUCGUUCCAAACUGAUUCGCGAAUGUGAAGACAUGUGUACUCCGACUUGCGGCGACAGGACUAAGAGAGCUGGGCCAGACUUCAGUAUCCAGACACAGUUGAAAGAUAUGCGCUUGGCAGACUUAGAGGAGCGUGAUCUCUAUCUGUCGGCCCUAUGUGCGGGAGGAACUGCUGCAGAACUCGACAGCCUCCUGUUGUAUCAAAGCGAGCUUCCCGAACUUGACCCCAACCACGAUAACGGCAAGUGUCUUCGCCGCUACCUCGAGAUAUCUGCCUGCUUUGGGAAUUGUGCCGUAUUCAGACGCCUGAUCGAGGCGGGUGCCGACGUCACCACCGACCAGGACAGACUGUGGAUGUCGGCAAUGGGGUGGGAGAGGGUUGUUGCCUAUUUCAACAACUCUGAUGAUUGGGUCAAGUUACGAUCUGACAUGUUGGGAAUCCUCGUGUUGGAUGCAUCGCCGGUGCUUGCUUCAUGUUCACCGUCUUGGAUCCCCCAUGUAAGCGAUGUAGCUGCACAUCGAGCUAGUCACUGGCUGUCGGAGCGCCAAAGUCGCACAGAAGGCACGUCCAGCGCCGGAAUCCGACGGAGUUUCAUAUGGGACACAUCCUUCCCGAUCCCAAUAAUAAGGAGUCAAUAUUGCUGUGGAAGACCAAAACUCACUCUGGGAAGGGACUCUUCGCCAUGGGCAGGGUUAGGGGCUUGCUUGGGCGCAGCUAUCCUUCACGGUGAUCAACAAAUCCUUGAUACCGUACUAGCUGAGGUCCCUGAUCUCGAAUGGGAGGAUGGUUCUGGCUUGACUCCACUGAUGAUGGCCAUUAUCUUACGAUCAUUCGAAUCCGCCAGGAAGUUGCUGGUACAUGGCGCCGAUGCGGAGGGCAUCAAGUCCUGCGGAUUCUCGGCCAGGCAAUUGAUCAUAACAUUGAGAGGGGUGUGUGAAGAAGUCGAGGCGGCACAUGGCGUUGACCACAUGUGCAAAGUUAAUUGCCAAAUAUGCAACGACCACAUGGAGCGCAUGGGUAAAGAACUUGGUUGGCGUGUGGACCAGUUCUUCCGAUACUCCUUCUGGUCGGAUAGAGAUAAGAGAGGCACCUUCAAGGAGUUCAAUGAUGCCAUUCAGAUGCUGGGAUUCGAUGACUGUGGGCAAGAGCAAAGACAGGUUGACGCGAUUAUCCAGGACGUUCCGGAGAUACUGAAGAAUGUGGAUCCAGGAUCAGAACCAAAGCCCAUCACAAUACGUCUUCUGGUCAUCCUUGGAUACGUUGUUGGCAUUCUCGCUCACAUUGGCUACGACACCUGGGACUCUUUCAGCUGGAUCUCACAGAUACCUCUCUCGGCGCUGAGGAUGGUGGGCUUAUUGCUGCUGGCGCUGCUUUGCACCUGGGUGUGGAGGAUGUUAGUGAGGUGCUGGUCUUCAUUUACAUCCGGCGAGAUAUGGUUCACAACUACUAUGGGUGUGGCGAUACUCGUUUGGACAAGAUAUCGCCCAACAAUUGGGUUUCGGCUCUCCAACAGCAAACCUUAGGUGGCUAGAGACCAUAGCAGCCUUCUGGACACACAUCGGAAAUCUUCUAGCCUUGCAGCAGUGCUGAGGUGUUCGUACUCUGGGAUAGAUGCUCUGAACUGGGUCUCUCUCGGAAUUCCUGCGUCGUGGGGUAGGUUAUGGCUG